UAUAGUGUUAAUCAUUUAUACUGUGUGAAGGAGCAACUGUUCCCGUUUUCUUUUCUCAUAGGUGAUUCCAGUGUCCCAGGCCGCAGAUUCCCUUGCAACACAGGAUGCUGCACCAAGCCAAGGGAUCACACAAAGAAAAGUUGGGCGUUUCUCAAUCACCCAGGCCGAACAGAGAGAGGAACAUUUGACCGACAGCUCCCCCGUGUCACCUGACCUCAAGCGAGAGAGGAGAAAAUCUAAAGCAAAAGAUGGCGAGAAAGACGAGAAGAGAACUACAGCGCCCAGUCACCUGCCCAGGAGCCACGCACACUCGACCCUGGGCAGCAGCGAUGAUGAGAGCGAGGUGGAGGAUGAAGAUUUGAAGACAGAACUCCACAAGCUGAGAGAGAAACACAUCAAAGAGGUGGUGUCCCUGCAGGCACAACAGAACAGAGAGCUGCAGGAUUUGUACAGGUCUCUUAAAGACCACAGGCAACCUCUGUCCAUGAUGCUGCCCCGGACCUCUCCUCUGCCCACCGCACCCCUCGCCAUCUCCCCGCGCAGACCCCGACCCGCCAAAGCCAAGCUUCGGCCCCGACCCCACUCUCACAUGGAUAACAACGGAGUCACACACAAAGGGAGUCUUCAGCAGUCUAGCAGUUAUUCUGGUGGAGAGCAAAACAGGCUUCACUCAUACUGCAAGCCAGAGAAAUCCCCAUCGCUGACCGCUAAUAGAGACCAGAGUCCUUCAGCCCAGGGUUCUGCCAAUAGAAAGAGCACAUUCACUGAUGAGCUGCAUAAGCUUGUUGAUGAGUGGUCAAAAGAAACGGUUUGUCCUGUUCAGGCCAAGCCUUCACUGAAUCAAAUCAAACAGAUCCAACAAGUGCAGGAGUUGGGCGGUUGGGGCCAGACUACUGAGACAACAACUUCAUCGGGUUGGUUUUCCGGAGCCCCUUUGACCGCUCCAGUAUCAGUCAGCAUGUCUACAGUGGCGCCCACCUCAUAUAGUACCAUCGGGGGACAAACUCAGCCGCCUCCGACGCAAUUUCCCAUCGCUCCUCUGUCCCAGCAGAACGCUCAUCUGCACCGCCAGCCCCAGCAGUACAGCCCGUCUCCCCUGCACCCGCAGCAGGUCCAGCUCCUGUCAGGACCCCAGUCCUCGGUGUCCGGUGCGCCUUCCCUCAUUACCCCGGCGGGGCCUCUGCUGCCCCCCGCCACCAGCAUCACAGCCGCCUCGGCUCCCGCCGCCAAUCAAGACGCCGUCUUCUGCUCGUGCUCCUCCUCGUCGAGCUCCUCUUCCUCCUGCUCCACCUCCACUCUGCCUCCCAGUGCCAAACUUCACCCCAAACUCUCCACAUCCACCCUUCCUUUAGGACAGCAGUGAGGUGGAGAAUACCGUUGUACAUCUUGUACAGGAAGGACACUAGUAGCAAGCGGUUGCGUGUUGGUGUGUGUGGGUAUGGGGGUGUAUAAAUACUGUAGUGUGUGUAUUUGUGUGAGCGUGUGUUUGUGUUGCAUUUUUCAAUACAUAUCCUGUGUGUUUCUGCACCGUCAAGUUUUCUAUCCGACUUACUUGGACCUGAACUCACCCUAUAUAGAGACAUUUUUGACAUGAGAUAUGAUCCUCUUUGUUUUUAUUUAUCAGUGCUUCAAACUAAAGGACUAUUUGAUUUUUAAAAAGUGCAAUUAGUAACUGAUAUUUAAAUUCAUCUUUUCUGUGUUGUUGUGACGUGGAUCUGUAUAGCUUAAAAUAAAUAUUUUUUAUAUAUACGCACAGAAACGACAAUGACAACCCGACGUCAGCAGUGAAGCGCCAUCUUUGUAGAGCACAACGGAUUCAGCCGGCGGCGGGAUCGAUCGCAUGUUUCAGCGCAGAGCAUGGUAACCUUGCAACCUUCAUCGUAGUUACGAAAACAAUCAUUGUGCACGGAUAAGGCAUGCUCCUCAUGUAUUAUAUUUUACGAUGAUAAAUAGCGGUAGCGUUUUAGAUUUAGCCAAGAUUUUUUCUAGAAUAACAUAAAUAGCCAUUGACUAAUUCCUUUUAAGAUGCUGCAAUUGAUUCUAAGAG